AUGGCUCGGCUCCUAGCUCUAGUCCUGUUGCCGCUUGUGGCCGUCACAGCCUUCCGUGACGACUUUAACUAUUGGAAUGCCGGUAACUAUAAAGUUGACGUCACGGCCUGGGGUGGCGGGAACAACGAGUUCCAGGUGUACACGCCAGAGCAAAGUAACUUGUACGUAAGGGAUGGGAAGCUUUACAUCCGACCGACGUUCACGACAUCGAGCCCACACUUUAGUAAUAAUGACCUCUAUCACGGAGACAUGAAUCUAUAUAACUUGUGGGGUACGUGUACACAGCAUGACAACAAUGGCUGUCAUAAAACUACGCAUAACGGCGAGAUUUUGCCCCCGAUCAUGUCCGGCAAGAUUACAACUAACUUUGCCAUGAAGUACGGACGUGUAAAUGUACGUGCCAAGAUCCCCAAGGGAGACUGGCUCUGGCCCGCCAUCUGGAUGUUGCCAAGAGAUUGGCAUUAUGGUGGCUGGCCUCGUUCUGGAGAAAUCGACCUUAUGGAGUCUAGAGGUAACGCAAGGGCUAUUUUGGGUGGUGUAAACCAGGGCGUCAACAAUGUUGGUUCAACUCUUCACUGGGGUCCCGCCUACAAUCAUAAUGCGUUUUACAAAACCCACGCCGAUAAGAGGAAGGACGGAGGAGGUGACUGGCAUGACUGGCAUACGUACUCACUCGACUGGAACGCAGACCACAUAAUCACUUAUGUUGACAAUGCUGAGAUCAUGAGAAUAAACACCCCGAGCCAAAGUUUCUGGGGCUGGGGAGGAUUCAGUGGAAACAACAUUUGGGCAUCUGGUGGCAAGAACGCCCCCUUUGAUCAACCGUUCCAACUGAUCCUGAAUGUAGCUGUUGGAGGAAAUUUCUUCGGUGAUGGACAGUAUGACGUUGCCAAACCAUGGGGUCAUUCUAACCACCCAAUGAGAGACUUCUGGGACGCCAGAGGCUCCUGGAGUCACACGUGGAACGGAGAGGAUGUCGCCAUGAUCGUGGAUUACAUUGAAAUGCUUCCUCAUUAA